AUGCUGGGUUCUUCUUCUCAAUUUAAGCAAGUCAUAGUAAAGAAAACAAACUGUCCAUAUGAAUUAAGAUUUAUUGACAUCAGAAAUUAUAUAGCGGGUGGAACAUUAGACCAAUUCACUCAAGAUUUCGGAAACAAUAAAUCACGUGUUAAAUCCUUUUUCCCUUAUCAAUUCAUCACAUGGGAGAAUUACGAAGAAGAAUUAUAUAAAGUGGAACCAUUCACUCAAGAUUCAUUUUAUUCAGCAUUAACUCAAGAAACUAUAUCCGAUUCAGAUUAUCAAAUAUAUCUCAAUGAUGCUAAAAAUUUUGAGAAUAGAUUAGAAUAUUUUAUUCAUUAUUGCAAUAAAGACGUUGAAAUUAUGAUUGACCCAAUCGAUAAAAUUAUUGAAGAAACAUUUGUUUAUAAAAUUGACAUGCUUCAUAAUCUUUCUUUAUCAUCGAAUGCAUCAAUGAUUCGUUACGCGUUAGCAUAUAAGAACUUCAAUCCUAACGAAACAUAUCCAGAAGAAGAAAAUGUGGAAUCAAGUUUUGAAUUAACAAAAAAGUAUUGGAAAUAUAAAAUUGAUUCAUAUAAGAAACAAGAUGAAAAGGCGAAAAGAGAUACCAAAAACAAUGUUUCAAUGGAUGACUUUCAAUACUAUCACGAUUUAAUCCUUUCAUCUAAAUGCAAAAUGUGUGGUAAAGCGUUUACAUAUGUAAAUAAACCAACAUUGGAUAGAAUCGAUAAUGAAAAACCACAUACCAAAGAAAAUUGUCAGUUAAUGUGUUGUUAUUGCAAUGUCGUAAAAUCAAAUAAAGAUGAAGAUGUUCAACGUUUAAGAAUCAAUUUAAGAAAUUAUGCAUUAAAAAAUAAUUUACCAAUGACUUUAGAUUCAGUUGAAGCUUAUCACAUUCUCCGUAAUGGAAUUACUGGUGGUCUAUCAAAUGUUCAACAUCGUGUUAAUCUUAAAGGAAUCACGCACAUUAAUAAACUUUCAUAUAAUCCAGAAACUAAAACUGUAUCAAAUGAGGACACCACCAACAUUAUGACUCAUUUCGUUGGAGUUGACUUUAAUUCAUUAUAUCCUUCAUCAUUUUCAUCUAAUCCUCAUGAUUUCAUUCAAUAUACUGACCAUAAAAUGUAUAUGCCGGGAAGAUUGAAUGGUGUUAUCAUUU